CAGGGAAAUGAUGCCCAGCCAAAUGGGGCUGUUCUGGAUGUCUGCCCCUCAUCUGCCGCCACCAUCCCGACCCAGCCGCAGACCCCUUUCCACACCGAACCUGUGACGCCGGUGGCCCCUGAAGCCAGCCCUCCAAGGGAGACCUGGGGUGGCAAAUACGAAUUCCUCCUCUCCUGCGUCGGAUACUGCGUGGGUCUAGGGAACGUGUGGCGGUUCCCAUACCUCUGCUAUCGCAAUGGAGGAGGGGUGUUCCUGAUCCCAUACUCCAUCAUGCUGCUCUUCACGGGGCUUCCCCUCUUCCUGAUGGAGCUCAGUCUGGGUCAAUAUGGCGCCGCUGGACCCAUCACUGUCUGGAAGUGCUGCCCCUUGUUAAAAGGGAUCGGCAUUGGGAUGCUGCUGGUCUCCUCGCUGGUCUCGCUCUACUACAAUGUCAUCAUUGCCUGGACUUUCUAUUACCUGGGCAUGUCCCUGCAGAGCCCUUUGCCCUGGUCUUGUGAUGCCCCACAGAAUGCCCACCUUUGCCAGCCUCAGAACAUGUCGUUGGUCAACAUCUCCCGGGUCAGCGCCAGUGAAGCCUUCUGGAAAUCUGGGGAAUUCGGCAACAUGGAAGGCAUCACCACAGCGGUGAUGGACGAGUUCCCUUCCCUUCGGGAGUGGAGGCGGAAGACCCUCUUCCUGGGCAUCCUGUGCUUCGCCUUCUACCUGAUGGGACUCCUCUUAAUCACUGAAGGCGGCAUUUAUUGGUUCACCCUCAUUGACGCCUACAGCACGAGCUUCGGCCUCAUCAUCAUUGCUCUCUUCAUGUGCCUCGGAGUAGCCUUCUUCUAUGGGGUGAACCAGUUUUGCAGAGACAUCGUGGACAUGAUCAGCCGGCGCCCACCUUGGUGCAGCCAGCUGGUGCUCUACUUCAAAGCCUGCUGGGUGGUAUUCACCCCAGGACUCCUCUUGUUCACCCUCUUCUACAUCUUCCUGGACCUGUCUAGCACCACUCUGCACUACGGUGCCUACAAAUACCCUGCCUGGGGGGAGGCCCUGGGCGUCUGCAUGGGGGUUGUGACCUGCAUCCAGAUCCCCCUCUGGGCAGCCAUCGCCUUGUUCAGGGAGACUGGGACACUGGCAGAUCGGUUCAGGAAGGCCAUCUGCCCCCUCAACUCCUGGCGCACGGCCACUGGCCGCGAUGUCUCCCAGGCAGUCAUCGACGUCCCCUACACAGUCAACCUGACGGACAACGACUUCAGCUGUGGGUGGGAACUGCCGGACAGCGGCGAGGCUUGACCCGGAAGGUGGACAAGCAACAGACAAGAGGGGGUGGCCUUCCUGGCACCAAGGAUGGAUUGCAGCCAGCCUUGACAGGGUGGCAAUACAGGAGAUAUCCCAGUGGCAGCCAUGGCCUCCUCUUGCUCUUGGAAGGCUGAACGGAGCUGCUCUGGACCGUAUCUCAGAAACCAUAUUCAGCCUGAGGUCAGCUGAAGAGGGGCCAACCGAUGCAGGCAGAAGAGAGGACGUCGUGCCAGGGUUUGAUGCCCCUCUCGGCUUCAGCCUAGGUGCUCUGGGCUCCAAAGAGAGCUUCCCUUCCCUGCUUGACCCCUUCCAUGGCUCAGAGGACCAGUUGCUUCUCCCAUAGCUGCAGGGGGCUUGCCUUUCUAAGCCCCAAGCCAUCGUCUCCAAACUCUCUUGCAGAACAAGACCCCCCACACACACAUGCGCACUGCCUUUCCUCUUCUCUUCAACAGCUGGAGCAUGGCUUCCUCUGUUUCCUCCCAGCCAACUGGGCUUUAUUUUUGGAGUGGUUGGGGUACCCAUGGCCUGGUGACCAGACAUCCUAACCUGUGCCCCACUGGAGGCAGCUGCACUGGGUUGGCUAGGCUGCCUCUGGAUGAUGAUGGGAGUUAUAGUCCAACACCAUCAGAAAAGCCAUAUGUUCCCUGCCCUGCAUGAAGCCAGCACUCUUUCAAUAGGAUUGCAGAGAGAGGGAGGGAAGGAGGGAGAUGCUGACCCGGGGCCGUGUUUUGCAGAAGCUUCAAGUGAGGCAAUUUCACCCUGUGGCCCCUGCCUACCCUUGCAGGAGUGUUUGUAGGGACUGUGCAAGGAUGUAGGUGUUGGCCCGAACAAAAGACUCCAUACAGCCUCCCUUGUCAAUACUCAGAAGUUGACGCUGCACCGUCAAGGGUCUCAAAACAUCAGGCUCCCCCGAAAUGGCUGCUCUUCUGCACUCAGCAGUCAGCUCCAGCUUUCCCUCCUCCGUCCCAGGGCCUGGCUCAGAAAGCACACCACACCGCUCAACCUCUUAAAAGAGUCUACAUGCUUUAUUGGACUGAAAACAGUUUUAUGAAAUGACUGUUAAAUAAAACCAAGACUUGGCAGAUGCA